AUGGCUCCCAGACUCGAGAUCCUUGUCAAGGAAGAAGCCGCUCCUUUGGCAAUGGGAAUCAAUAUGGACAUGCAAUCUCCUCCUUCAGUUCUCAGCUCCUCACCUUUGCCUCAAGCAGUUAUCCUUGUAGACCCAAUGUCUACCGGUGUCCUCCUUCAAGACAAGGUCUUUGAAGCUGGCAUGUACAGUGUCGUUAUUGUCUGGAGCGACAGAUCACAGCUUGUGGCUCGUGAGAAGCACUUCAAGACCUCUGGCCGAUCUCGCGAUGACUUUGCGGCCGUGAUCACCCACGAAGAUGGAGCAAUCGAGACUACUCUCCUUGCCAUUUUGGAGGCUACUACCAACAUGACUAUUGCGGCCGUCAUGUGCGGUAGCGAAUUUGGCGUCCUUUUGGAAGAUCAAAUUGCCAAUGGCCUCAACCAAAAAUUGGGUACCACUCACCUUCGCGGAAGUGGAAUUCCCGUUCUCAACACCAAGGUGGACAAGCACUUGCAAGCCAACACCAUCCGUGCCAAUGGUCUCAAUGCCGUUCGAGAAAAGCUUGCUCGUAAUGAAGAUGACGUCCAAGCUUUCCUAGAGGAGAACAACGAAGAGGGAGCAUGCUUUGUCGUCAAGCCACAAACCGGUGCUGGAUCUGUCGGAGUCACCUUUUGCGAGUCAAAGAAGGCUGUUUGGCAAGCCUACUACAAGAUUCUUGCAGGGGAACACAAGGCUCAUUGCCGAAACAAGUACCGCCACUACGAACAAGCUGGCGUCCUUCUCCAAGAAUACUUGAAGGGAACCGAAUACAUUGUCAACUCGGUUGUUAGCAAUGGCAAGAUCAAGACCACCGCCAUGUGGAAGUACGACAAGCGUCCCUACAAUGGUGCCGCCUUUGUGUGCUUCAGCAAGGAGCUCCAAGUCAUUUCUGAUCCCAACUGCGAAGAAAUCCUCGAAUAUACCGAAAAGGUUCUCAAGGCUGUCGGGUUUGAGAGUGGAGCCAUUCACGCCGAAGUCAUGUACACUGCUCGAGGACCUGUUUUGGUCGAGCUCAAUUGUCGCUUGCACGGUGGAAACGGUGCUUGGGUGCAACCAGCUGAAAUCUGCAUGGGCUACGACCAGUUGUCCAUACUGAUAGAUGUCUACCUCAAUGGAGGAAAGAUCUUUGAUAGCAUUCCAUCUCGACCAAUCACUUCCAACAGCUACUGUCACCAAGUCAAGAUGCGCUCUCACAUUGAGGGAGUCUUUAAGGGUGUGAACGGUUCUCAAUUCGGAAGGAUCAUACGACUGCUGUCGUACCACAGCCUCGUGCUUGGAGUUCAGGAAGGCGAUCGUCUCUUGAAGACGGUAGACAUGCCUUCUGUUCCAGGAGAAGUAACUCUUGUGCACAGUGACAAGGAUCAACUCGCUGCUGACUACGAGAAGCUGAACGAGAUUUUGGCAGAGGGCAUCUUUGAUGUUGUGGUCGCGUAA